AUGAAUAGAUACUCUUACACCACUGAUUCUACAUAUCAGGAGGGUAAUAACAGUUCUCGUGUAGGUGUAAAUACAAUGGACGAAAUAAUAACAUUAAUUAAGCAAGAAUUGCCUGAAGGAAGGCAAAGUCUUAAAGAUUCCUUCACUAAUCUCGAACGAGUAGCUGAAUAUUGCGAAGAUUCUUAUUACCGUUCCGAAAACAAGAAAGCAGCUUUAGAGGAAACGAAAAACUUUACAACACAAUCGCUUGCGAGUGUUGCUUAUCAAAUUAAUACAUUAGCAUCAAAUUACAUACAAUUACUGGAUCUACAAGCAAAUAAUCUAGCUGAAAUGGAAUCGCAGAUGAAUCAUAUUGCACAGACAGUCAUGAUACAUCGAGAGAAAGUAGCACGUCGUGAGAUUGGUGUAUUAACAGCUAAUAAGAUUGCAGCACGUCAAUAUAAGAUUGUGGCACCGUCUAAUCCAGAAAAGCCUAUAAAGUAUGUCCGUAAACCAAUCGAUUAUACAUUAUUGGAUGAAGUUGGUCAUGGAACUCAUCUCGGACAGAGACAAGGCAAAAGAGCAUCAAAUCAAUCCGUUAAUAUGAUUAAUAUGACUAAUAUGAAUGCAGUUUCGGCGUCAGUUCCUCCGCCAACUACAAAACCACCUACUCCUCCUAAUAUGGGAGGAAGUGUACGAUCAAGUACAGGCCCUAAAAUAAUUAGCAAUACGGGUACAUUAGGAAAAUCAUCACGUGGUGAAUAUCGUGCACCGCCUGUUGUCAUUCCACCUCAAGUUCCAUCUCAUUAUGCACCAAAUUAUCCAAUCGGACAUCCACGUCGACAAAGUAGUCAAAAUUCUGAUCGCGGGCCAGGCUAUAGUUCGCUUCCAAUGCCACCAAGUCAGCAAGUUGCUGUUCAUCUUAAUACAAAUCCACCGCAAAUGGUUCAGCCCAUGACACAGACAAUGCAAAACUCACUCGGUAUCACGUAUGAUGAUCGAAACAGCAUGAAUAUGCCUCCGCCUCCAUCGCCAUUAACGACUCACGAAAUGCCAGAACCACAUCACAUUGGUCUUCAUACUUUAUCAAGGAACAUGCCUCGACCUGGAUCUCAAAGUCCACCUUUACCACCACCACCAGAGGAACAGCAUUUAGCUGAUUUUGGACGACCUAGAACGCAGCAAUCGAAUAGUAUUGUUGCUGCUAUUGUUCCUGAAGAUCGUAAUCUUCCUGGCUGGGUUCCAAAGAAUUAUAUUGAGAAAGUCGUUGCCAUUUACGACUAUUAUGCUGAUAAAGACGAUGAACUGAGUUUCCAGGAAUCGUCUGUAAUUUAUGUUUUAAAGAAGAAUGAUGAUGGAUGGUGGGAAGGUGUUAUGGACGGCGUGACUGGAUUAUUCCCUGGAAAUUAUGUUGAAAGUUGCGUAUAA